CCAGUUUCUAAGCAUAUAUAAAUAAAUACCUACAUGUACUUUAAGGAAAAAAAAAACACAUUAAUGAUAGCAUACUAUUUAUUUUUUUCAUAUUUUCCCCUCCUCUUAUUAUUUAUUUCUGUUAAUACAUGAUUUCUUGUCAUCAGGUGUCUCCUUCUGAAGAAGAUGAAAUCAGGGAAUCUUAAAUCAUAGUUGCCCCUUCGCCUCAAGCUGGAGGAGCCUUUUGAGUUAUUUAACCCCAGAAUGGCUUCCACAGAGGAACAGGAUGGAUUUAAGAUUGUGACGGUGAAGGAAGAUCCUAUCUGGGAUGAAGAAACUUACCUUCAAAAGAACAGCUUUUCUGGCCAAGAGGCUUCCCGCCUUUUUCGGCAAUUUUGUUACCAAGAGGCUCCUGGUCCCCGAGAAGCACUGAGCCACCUCCGGGAGCUCUGUCAUCAGUGGCUGAGGCCAGAGACACACACCAAAGAGCAGAUCCUGGAGUUUCUGGUACUGGAGCAGUUCCUGACCAUACUGCCCAAGGAGCUACAGGCCUGGGUGCAGGAGCACCAUCCAGAGAGUGGGGAGGAGGCAGUGGCUGUGGUUGAAGAUCUGGAGCGAGAGCUAAGUGAGCCAGGGAAACAGGCCCCAGAUCAUGAACAUGGACAUUCUGAAGUGCUCUCAGAGGAUGUGAUACAUCUGAAGGCCAAGCCGGAAUCAACAGUCAUACAGCUUCACUCCAUGGUGACUCAGCUCAAAUGUGAAUCUUUCAGUCCCCACCAAUUUCAAGAACAAGAUGGUAAAAAUAUACCUGACAACCAGGAGAUGGCACCGAAGCAAGAAAUCUCAAAAGAAAUAGAAUAUUUGGGGGAUAUAUCUAGCAGACUCCAAAGAGAUGUUCCUCUGGAUUCUAAGUACAGAAAAACUUGUAGACAUGAGAGUAAGCUAGAAAAGCAGCAGGGACACCCCACUGGAGAGAGACAUUACAGGUGCAAUGAAUGUGGGAAAAGCUUCACUCAGAGCUCAGUCCUCAUUCAGCACCAGAGAAUCCACACUGGAGAGAAGCCAUACGAAUGUGAAGAAUGUGGGAAGGAGAGGUCAGGACUCAAUGAACAUCAGCGGAGCCACACUGGAGAGAAACCCUAUCAGUGCAAGGAGUGUGGGAAAGCCUUCAGUGCCAGCAAUGGCCUCAUUCGACACAGAAGAAUCCAUACAGGGGAAAAAACAUAUGAAUGUGAAGAGUGUGGGAAAGCCUUCCGCUUGAGCUCAUACCUUGUUCAGCAUCAAAGGAUACACACUGGAGAGAAGUGCUAUCAGUGUAACGAGUGUGGCAAAGCCUUCAGUCAGAAUGCAGGGCUCUUUCAGCAUCUUCGAAUUCACAGUGGUGAGAAACUCUAUCAGUGCAGUCAGUGCAGUAAGAAAUUUAGUAGGCGAACACUCCUUAUGAAACAUCAGAGAAGUCACACUGGAGAGAGACCAUAUGAGUGUGAUGAGUGUGGGAAAGCCUUUAGCCAUAAUUGCAACCUUAUUAGGCAUUUUAGGAUCUAUACUGUUGCUGAAUUGGACUGAUUCCAUUGGCUCCCAGGUCCCUAAAUGGGGCCAUCUUGGAGUAUAAGAUUUUCAAGUGGCUAAUUCUGCUCUUAUCAAAUUUAUUUUGCUUUGGAAUGAGUAGCUUGCCUGCAAACCAGGUGCUGGUGUCUCCUGGGUGGAUGACUGUGUAUGUGGGGUGUUGCUGAGCAGGCUCCCAGUCCCUA